CUUCAUCACCAGCCCCAAGUGUUUCUAGUUCUUCACCCUCCUGCUUCUAGGACCAGGUAUCCCUUAAAAAAGCCAGAGGGGCCGAACCUCAGUUCCCGCAAUGGGCCAAGUGGAAUUUGAGCUGGCCUGCGCCACUCUGAAGCAGUUGAAGGGCCCUGUGAGUGACCAGGAGAAGCUGGUGGUGUACAGCUUCUACAAACAGGCCACCAAGGGCGACUGCGACAUCCCUGCCCCGCCUGACACAGACGUGAAAGCCAAGGCCAAGUGGGAGGCGUGGAAUGAGAAAAAAGGGAUGACCAAGUUGGACGCCAUGAGGAUCUACGUGACUAAAGUAGAAGAACUGAAGAAAAAGGAAAAUGGUCAAGGAGGACAAAGAGUCAAACAAUGAAGUAGCAGGGCUCCUCUGGUAGGGAAAUGGGCUUCUUAAAAGACCUUGAAGACUGAAAUGUCCCGAAACCGUGGCUACCGUAGCUGAGACAUCAAUAAAUCUUUUAAAAACUGCA